AUGCAGCAUGGUGUGGUGCUGUGUGUCCUGCUGAUGAUCUUCUCUGGGAGAGGUCUGAGUGGACAGAGGAGCAGACAGAAAAUAAACAAGCUGGUGGUCCGAAAUGAAGCGAAAGUCUUCCCACUAGACGCCAGAGCACUCAGUGAGUCAGGGGUCUGUACAGGACACUCCACACUGAUUUGUCCAGUGGAGGUGGCGUUCCUGAUGGACAGCUCUGAGAAUGACAAGGUUCUUGUGUUUGAGAAGCAGCGCAGCUUCGUUCAGCGCUUCAGCACCAGGUUGUCUCUGAUGCACGUUCCCAGCUGGAGUGUACGUGUGCGUUUGGCCGUGUUGCAGUACAGCAGCACCGUCUCACUGGAGCACAACUUCCAUGACUGGCAGGAUGUAGAUGUCUUCCAAAGACGUGUAUUGUCCAUGACCCACCUUGGUCAUGGCACAUAUUUGGCCUACGCCAUCUCGAACGCCACGCAUCUCUUUACUCGGGAGACGGCCGAAAGCAGUGUGCGUAUCGCCCUGCUCAUGACGGAUGGAGUGGAUCACCCACGCAGCCCCAGCGCCAUUGCUGCUGCCACAGAUGCCAAAAACAACAACAUACGAGUGUUCGUCAUCGGUCUGACAGGAGACAGGCAGAGCGAUACCAGGCUGAGGUCCAUCGCCAGUCCUCCAGCACAGCAGCACGUUUUCAGCCUUGAGGAUCCUCGGCUGGACGAGAGACUUUUCAGAGAGUUGAGCACGGUUGUUAACACAGAGUGUCCUCAGCUCAAGUCCUGUCUGUGUGAUAAAGGAGAGGAAGGUCCUGCAGGAAACCCGGGGAAACCAGGACUUCCUGGCCUUCCUGGCCUUCCUGGUCUCAAAGGAACCAGAGGGGAACAUGGCUCGAACGGACGACCAGGAGUGGAAGGCCGCGAGGGACGACCAGGAGCGAGAGGAGAAAAGGGUGAGAGAGGAGAGUGUGGAACAGCAGGGUUUAAAGGAGAUCAGGGUGCAGAUGGACCACCAGGACCUCGUGGACCUCCCGGAGAACAGGGUCCUAUUGGUGGUUCUGGAGAUCAUGGACCAGUUGGUCCUGCUGGUCCUAAAGGUGAGCGAGGACCUACUGGAGCUUCUGGUUCUCCUGGAGACCAGGGAAUUGGAUUUCCUGGUCUGAAGGGAGACAGAGGGAACCAGGGCAGUCCGGGUUCUACCGGACCUACUGGGAUCGGAGAGCCAGGACCACCAGGAUCACCAGGACCAUUGGGACCGCCAGGAUCACAAGGUUUUCCAGGCGAGGGUUUACCAGGACCCAAAGGGGAAAGAGGCUUUGUGGGACCAAAAGGUAUCACCGGUCCUCCAGGGUUCGACAUUAAAGGUGAAAAGGGCAAUGCUGGAGCUCCGGGACCACCAGGACCGAUUGGACUUCCUGGACUUGGGAUUCAGGGAGAAAAGGGUGAACAUGGACUGACCGGGUCACCGGGUCCUAGAGGAGUUCCUGGUGUGGGCAUUUUAGGAACAAAGGGUGAUCAAGGCUUUCCUGGUGAACAUGGACAUCCUGGAGAAAGAGGCAUCGGAGAACCUGGACCAAAAGGGGAGCCAGGAUCAGAUGGUGCUCCGGGAAUUCCUGGCAUCCCAGGAGAAGAUGGAGUUGUUGGACCCAAGGGUGAGAUGGGUUUACCUGGUCUGCAAGGUCCUGAUGGUGCACCAGGAAAAGGAAGUCCAGGCGAAAAGGGCGAUCAAGGUGACCGAGGUGUUCGUGGACUUUCAGGAUCUCCGGGACCCGCAGGACCCCCUGGGGCAAAGGGAGAACCUGGUAAUCCAGGGAUGUUGGGGAUGCCAGGGCUCCCAGGGUUUGGAUCUCCUGGACCAAAGGGUGAGCCUGGGCCUGUGGGUCCUCAAGGUGUGGCUGGAGAGCCCGGAGUCGGUCUCCCAGGGCCAAAGGGUAACAAAGGACCAUCUGGACCAGUGGGACCACAAGGGUUAGUGGGAGAAGGUCAGCCUGGGCCUCAGGGACUUCCUGGAUUGUCUGGAGUACCAGGAGAAAUGGGAUUAGAAGGUAUCGGACUCCCGGGAAUUAAGGGGGACAGAGGUUCACCAGGGGUUCCUGGGCAUCCUGGAACACCCGGAAUUAGACAUUUAGGACCGAAGGGUGCGACGGGUCAGCGAGGUUCUCCUGGACCUCCAGGUCCACUAGGUGAGGGCGUUCAGGGUCCAAAAGGACAGCCAGGCUUCCAGGGACCACCAGGCCCCAGAGGUCCCACAGGACACGGCCUUGAAGGAGAGAAGGGAGACAAGGGUCUGUCUGGUGAACGAGGAAGAAGAGGAGACAGUGGAGAUUACGGAGCACCAGGGCAAACAGGAGCAGCGGGCAAACCUGGUGGGAAGGGAGAACCUGGCCUGUCAAGAGAAGAAGUGAUCAAAAUAAUCAAGGAACUCUGUGGCAGUCGGAUCUGUGAGCCAGAUGAUGGUUUGCUGUUUAGCACAAACGGUAAACAGCCCGAAGCUCCAGGGGAUUUUAAACCCUCCUUUGGAGACACGUAUGAAAUCGAUGACAGGACGAUGUCAGAGCAUGAGGAGGAUGUGAGUGGUUUCACAGCACAGAACAUAGACAGUCUCCGGCCUCCGGACGCAACCGUGACGAGACCUCGGGUUCCCGCCAGCGUCCUGCCCGACCCGGAAACCGUCUCUACUUCAUCACUCCUAUCUGGAGCAGCUGUUGGCUGUACCGAGCGUCUCGACCGUGGGCCGUGCAGGGCCUACGAGGUGAAGUGGUACUACGAUCCUUUAGCAAACGCAUGCGCACAGUUCUGGUACGGAGGUUGCCAAGGCAACAGCAACCGCUUCGAGUCACAUGAGAACUGCAUGGAUGCUUGUGUGAGAAAGUGAUGUGGCUCAGAAUCGAUUUUAAUUCAGUAAGCAGGAAAAUGAUUCAAAGAUUCAUCUGGUUCAAAUGUAAAGCAGUGUGUAAAUACGAACCAACACAUUGUUACGACUUGUUAUUAGGGAAUGUGUAGAGUACUCUCGCUGUGUGUGUGUGUGUGUGUGUGUGUGUGUGUGUGUGUGUGUGUGUGUGUGUGUGUGUGUGUGUGUGUGUGUGUACUGAUUAAUGUAUUAAUGUUUUGAUUUGUGAUUAUUUUUGGUUUUAAAAGCUAUAGACUUUAUUCUGGACGUGAUUUGUGGUUUAAGUAUAAAAAAUAAAAGACGUGGGGUCCUAGAGAAAUAAUGAACAUGUUUGCUAGUCUUAUGUGGAUCGAUGCAAAAUUAAUAAGUCCAAUUUUACCAAACUAACAUUUUUAUUUAUUAAUGAGCAACACUACAUAGCGACUAAACCCUUCAUGCGAUUGACACCUUGUCACAGACUGUAAAGUAAAAAAGAGCUGCAAGUGGCUAAAAUUUUCCACAUAUUAAAAAAAGAUAAAAAAAUAUUUUAAUUAAAUAUAUUAUGUGUACUGUUGUCACAUGAGAACUCACAGUAUGAUCAGCCCCUGUUAGGUAAAUAAACUUUGGUUUCAGGGUGCAUUUCAUCUAACUACUUACAAACACAAUAUACCCUCACCUGCCCUUUCACGCCUACCGCAGCCAAUCGCCCCACCCUCGCAAUCCCGUCGUGACUGCCUUGCCCAGCCUACAGCGACCAACCUGCCCCACCUGGCCUACCCUGCCCACCCGUCCCUCACUACCUGCACCUCGCCCGCCCCUAUAACAUGUUUAUAUAAGUAUUUGUUAAUCCUAUAAAUACAUAUUCAAAAGUCAUCAUACAUAGACCCCUGUAUAAUGACCUACUGUAUGGACACAUUCAUAGCUGUUUCUAUUCACCCUCAUUAUGUAGAAUAAAAAACAACAUACAUAUUUUCAGCAUAGAAAAGUUUAUUUUAUGUUUUUCUUUUACAGAAUUAUUUACCGUGUUUCAUUGACACAAAUUAGUAUUAAACUCAC